GACUUCAUGAAGUUGUUUAUAAGCAUUGUAUUACCAUUUCUUAUUUGCUUCAAUUAGACAUCUUUACUUUCUAUUCAUGACUAGGAGAUUUAUGCUAGUCCUAGCAUGGCUAACUACACUAAUUUGUUCUACAACGUGUUCGACUAAGGGAGGAAAAAGUUAUGUUCGCGAUGCAUGUAGUGUGACUCGAUACCAGGACCUCUGCCUCCACUCGCUAGCAUCAUUCUCGAGCACGGCCAAGGACAACCCUAGCAAGUGGGCCCGAGCCGGGGUCUCGGUGACAAUAAGUCAAGCCAAGGGUGUAACUCAAUCCUUGUUGAAAUUAAGGAAACACAAUUUCUUGAAAGGAAAAGGAAGAAUUGCUAUUUUAGACUGUGUUGAUUGUUUGCAAGAUGCACUUGACAAUCUACACAACUCAUUAGGGGUGCUAAGAAAACUUAGUAGCCAAGCUUUUAAUGACCAAAUGGGGGAUGUGACCACUUGGCUAAGUACUGCUCUAACUGAUGAAGACACUUGCUUCGAUGGACUUGAAGACAAAAAGAGAAAACAAGUUAAGUUACUCUUGAACAAAGUCUCAAAUGUGAGUUAUAUGACUAGUAAUGCACUUGCUUUAGUCAACAAGCUUGCAACAACUGGACCACAAUGCUUAGAAAAUUCAUAAUAGAAGAACUUAGACAUUUUUCUUUAUAUGAAUUUAUUAGUAACUUGGUAACUACUUUGAAAUGCUUUUUUUUUUUGGUUAAGCCGAUGGUCUAUCGGAAACAACCUCUCUAUCUCUACGAGGUGGGGGUUAAGUUUGUGUACACACUACCCUCUCUAGACCGUACUUAUAGAAUUACAUUGGAUAUGUUAUUGUUUUUGAUAAUCAGCUUCUAUCAAAGGUUAGAGUAUAUUGAUAAUAUAAAAAAUAUCUUUUACAUAUCGGUGAAAGAUUUUCUUUUUUAAAAAAAAAAUAGACUAGUUUCUUGACGUGUGCAUUGUACAUAUAUAUGUUGAAUCAUGUAAUUCUGGGCUCUGUGUAAGAUUAAUAACAUUAAGUCACA